AGAGAGAGAGAGAGAGAGAGAGAGAAAGAAAGGCACACAAGUUCUAAGAGGGUCCGGAGUGAAGGGUAAGGCUAGAAAACCUCUCAUCCAAAAUUCAGUGUUGUGAUGGAGCGGCGGCCACACAUCGACCUUCACAUUCCCAAAAAAAUACACUCUUACCCUCACGAGGCGGAGAAGCCCUCAGAGUGCGGGCGUCCGGCACUGGUGGAGCACGGUGGGCGCGAGCUGCUGCCUUUGUUUUUUUUAUUAUCUAAGCAUCCACCUGUGUACUGAUUCCCUUAACAAAGCAUCCAACUGUCUAUUGUGCGUUCAAAAUGUUUAGAAAUUUAGAUCAAUUCUAAUCGGAAGUAAAGUGACUUUUUGCACUCUGUUCAUUGCCACAUUUAUUUUAUACUAAUAUUUUUUUUUUUUCUGGGAAGUAUUAAAGAAGUAAUUUACUCACACCAAACCUUUUGUAAGCCUCCGCGGAUUUGCGCUAACGCUAACAAAUGUCGCAAAGAUAACUCAACAGCCAAACAGAGACCGCGAUCCUACGCUAUUAAGAACGAAAGGAGUUCACGAAUAUGCCUGUGUUAGCAAACCAAGCAAGUUGUUUUCUUCGUGGUUAUUCUUACGAGUACUUAGGCAAGAGUAAAGCGUACUGUAUUUGUACAUUUGAGAAGCUGGCGCCGUGAAAAACACUGCGGUCCGAACGAUAAAAUAUCUCUUGUAAUCUUGUGGAGUCUCAUUUUACGGAAGCGACCGGCUGUGUUUUGUAUAAUUUGAGCGUAAAAUUUGGUGGCUUGGGUCAAACUGCGCCGUUAUCCGCAAGCAGACUGUUUAGCACAAAAUUUCGUGUUUUUUUUUUACAAAUUACGAGUAUGUCACCGUUCAUGCCAGCAAAGCAGACAAUCGAGCGUGAAGUUUCGAGUCUUGUGUCUAACUAACUGCGUCGCCGUUCAUACCAACAAACAUUCGUUCAUAAAACCUCGAGUCUUUGGUCAGACUGAGUCAUCAUCCUCGUCAGCAGACAGUCUAGCAUAGAAUUUCUCUUCGUUCAAGUUACGUCACCAUUCAUGCCAUAAAACAGUCACGCUUAAAAUUUCGCGUCUUCGUUGAAACUGCGUCACUGUCCAUGCCAGCAGACAAUUGCACAUAAAAUUUCUCGUCUUGUCAAACUGAUAUCGUAAAAAAGUGUAAAAUCUCGCGUCUUCGUUCAAAGCAAAAUCUCACGCCUUGGUUCAAAGUAUGUCACCAUCCACGCCAGCAAAUAGUCGCGCUUAUAUCUCGCGCCUUCUUUCAUAGUUAGCCAUAAAAUCUCUCAUCUUCUAUCACACCACGUCACCGUCCACGCCAGCAAAUGGUCGCGUUUAUAUCUCGCGUCUUCGUUCAUAGUUGGCCAUAAAAUCUCUCAUCUUCUAUCACACUUCGCCACCGUCCACGCCAGCAAAUAAUCGCGCUUAUAUCUCGCGUCUUUCAUAGCUGCCCAUAAAAUCUCGCGUCUUGAGUCACACCUUGCCGACGUCCAUGCCAGCAGACAGUCACGCUUAAAAUCUCGCAUCUUUGUUCAAAGUAAAAUCUUUCGUCUUCUGUCACACCUCUCCGCCGUCCAUGCCCGCGGACAUUCGAGAUGGUGAGUCUGGUGGAGCGCGUGGGCUGGUUCGCCAUCUACGGCACCACGAUCCAGUCGGUGCUGCUGCUGCUCUUCAUGGCCUUCGUGCAGUACAGCAACGUCCCCGGCAGGACACUAACCAACCACACGGGAGCCGCGGAUGUCAGCAGUGAUGCGGGGCUCGACGUGUACCCGAUGGUUGGGGACGUACAGGUGAUGAUCCUGGUCGGGUUUGGCUUCCUGAUGACCUUCCUGCGUCACUACGGCCACUCCGCCCUGGGCCUCACGCUGCUCCUCACCUCCCUCGCCCUGCAGAUCACCCUACUCUUGGAAGGCGUCUCCAGCACCACCGCCAACGGCACCAUCACCAUCACCAUCCACAGUUUACUGAACGGUAACUUCGCCAGCGCCGCGUGUCUCAUCUCCCUGGGCGCGGUGUUGGGUAGGACCUCGCCCACGCAGCUGCUGUUCCUAGUGCUGCUGGAGGUGCCCGUGUAUACCCUCAACGCCCACCUCUGCCUCAACGUGCUGGGCAUUGUCGACCACGGCGGUUCCAUCGUGAUCCACGCGUUUGGCGCCUUCUUCGGGUUGGGCUUCUCCAAGUUCGUGACACGCAGUGUGAUGCUGAUGCCGCACCCGAAGGUGUCCUCCAACGCCACCUCCGACACCUUCUCCAUGAUCGGUACUCUAUUCCUGUGGGUGUACUGGCCUUCCUUCAACGCCGUGCUGGUGGAGGGGGCGGCGGCGAAGAGCAGGGCUGUCCUCAACACUUACCUGGCCUUGCUCGGCUCCACCUUCUGCACCUUCGUCUUCUCCUCCUGGGUGCACGUAAGAGGCAAGUGGACGAUGACUCACGUGCAGAACGCCACACUGGCCGGGGGCGUGGGCGUGGGGGCUGUGGCGGGGCUCAUCCUCUACCCCUGGGGAGCGCUGCUGUUGGGGUGCAGCGUGGGAAUGCUCUCCACCCUCAGCUACAUCUACCUGCAGAGGCUGCUGGAGAUCAAGCUGGGCCUGCAGGACACGUGUGGCGUGUUGCACCUCCACGGCCUCCCGGGAAUCUUCUCCGCCUGUGUCUCCAUCGGUGCCGCGUCCUUCGCCUCCCUCACCACCUUCGGCAACGAACUCUUCCAGCAGUACCCGCUCAUGGCGCCCACCAACACCUCCACCCUGGCCGAGCUUGAACUACCGGUGGUCGUGGCGCCGGGCGAAGGACGCUCCGCCGUGCACCAAGCCUUGUUCCAGCUGCUGGCCACGGGCAUCACCCUCCUGCUGGCUGUGGUGGCGGGAGCGGUGUCUGGGUUCGUAGUGACGUUUCCUUCGUGUCAGCGCAUCACCCGUCCCCAGCAGUACAACGACGCCUUGUGGUGGGAGGCUGGGGACGAGGAGAGUGAGACCCCUGCCGCGGCCCCUGCCAUAGACGUGGAUUUCCCCAAGUUGUUCAGCGUGCAAGUGGCUCACGGAGAGGCGGGUCUGCGGCCAAGCAAUGCGAGGAAUGGAAUGUGACGCGGCGGGGGAGGUGGCGUGGCGGGGCAAGAGUGACGCGCAUCACAAGGCCACCACUUCGCCCCUGUAAUGCGUCAUCUCUUCCUGUUAUUGCCUUCGAUGAGGAAGCACGUGUGAGGAGGAGAGGAGGCGUCUUCGCUGGGCCGCGGUGCCAGACGCAAAACUCAGCGACUUCACCUCCACCACCGCGCUACCUGAGAUAACCUCACUCACAAACUGAUAUAAACACUAUUUACUGUCAUUGUACAUAGUCCAACCACGUAAUGAAGAGUGUAUCUGGUUUU